AUGUAUCUAUUCGGUGGUAAGUUUUGCAAGUACGUCGAGGACAAUGGCACCGAGCGGGAUUGUACCUGCCCCGAGAUCGUCUCGCACCAUCCGAAGUGUGAGUGCGACAGGAAACAUUUUAAUAACAUCCUGUGGGCAACAGUCACCGUGUUCCAGGUUUUAACCCAGGAAGAUUGGAACGUUGUGUUAUUUAAUGGUAUGGAAAAAACAAGUCACUGGGCUGCAUUGUAUUUUGUAGCACUUAUGACAUUUGGAAAUUAUGUACUAUUCAACUUGCUGGUAGCUAUACUCGUCGAAGGGUUCAGCUCAGAACGAAAUGAGAGAAGAGAACGAGAACAACGCGAGUUGGCAAAAUCAAAAUUGUCAGGUGAAUGUUUCUCAGAAAACAACGAGUUGCAAUACGAUGAGUCAAACUCGGGGUCACAUUCCAGCGACAGUUUUUCACAGAACGAAAUAAAAAAUUAUUGGCGAUCAGCGGAUGAUGUACGUAAAGCUAAAGAUGAUGUAAACGGUCAUAAAGAAAAAACAAUACGAUCACGUCGAAAGACAAAGUCUUCUGUUCACCACCCAACUCUCUGCAAGGACUGCGCACAAUCCAAUAAGUGUAACAUACAAAAAGAGUCGAAAAUGUUGGCUAGCGGCGGAGCUGUGCCGGAAACAGCAGUGCCAAUGAUUACCCAUACAGCAGCUACGCCACAAGAUUCGCCCUCCACUACAUUAGAACCGGGUGCUUCAUUCAGGGAUUUUAAUAUGACCCUGAGCUUAGAAAGAUCGUCAAUGCUCUCCAGUUUGGACUCUAUUGACCGCACAUCUUGUACCAGCAUACCGGGUCUCUUAAAACCACCGAACAGCUACACACUAACACUACACUCAGCCCAUCUCGGUGCUGAAAAAGCUCGCCUCCCACCCGUGUCCCUUGCUCCUCUCCCUCUAACCCUAGCUCUUCCCCCUCUAAGAUCUGUGUCACCCGCCCCAACAACGCCCAGUACACCAAGGUCUAUGCCGUCGCCUUUGUUGCCGGAAAAAAAUCUUCAAGUCACAAUAGCGAGAGAUGAGAACUGUGUAAAUACAAGUGAUAAAUCAAGUCUUCUAAGUUCGCAGAGGAACAUCAGUGUUGUAAGCACCGGUAUAAAUGGCGACGAAAAGUGUAGAGUACAACGAGGGUAUAGUUGGCGAUUGUCACGGCCAAGUUUGAAAAAGAAACCUAAACAAAGAACUGGAUCAGACUCCGACACCAUAGUGCUCAACAACGGGAGAGACCACACCGUUUGCAAUGGAUCGAGCAUCCGAAAAAACGAACUUCUGCUAUCAUCGUCGAACGUGAUAAAGAAUGACACGCAGUCAGAAUUGCCGAACAACAGAACACGGGGUCAGUUACCGGCACCUAGGGUUCUGCCUCAAACGACAAGAAGGGUCUCGGCACAUAACGCUCCUUUACUACCAGAUGUGUCAUGGAAAGCACCAGAAGCAGGUUUUUCGUCGGAUUCAACGGUUCGUCUUGAUACAGCCAAGACUCCCCCACACAGACUUUCUCUGACCAACGACUACUUAACAGUGACGACAGUAUGUGAGGUAAAAACGAGCAAUUUAUCUCCAGUAGUGGGUAGCGCGGGCGCGCCAGUUGUAACGUCACGAGCAACGCGCGAGUUGCCAGCGCCCGCGCUACCCACGCGCCCCAACAAUCAACCACUGCCCCUUAUGAAGCAGAUCAACGAGGAGGUGAGCCGUUGGAAUGUGGCCAUAAAUAACGUGUGCUUGUUAUCAUCACGAUUCGACAGGCGACGUUACAGAUUCAAGGAUCUAUUCCGCUUUAUGGAGCCGACAGGCUGUCUUAAGGAAAAAGAAUUUUACUCAUUGUACCUCUUCGCACCCGACAACAAGAUACGUAGGUUUUGCACAUGGUCUACAACAAGGGGCUGGUUCGACAACAUUGUAUUGUUGUUUAUCGCACUGAACUGUAUAACACUGGCGAUGGAGCGACCCAACAUACCACCGGAUUCUAAGGAGCGAGCAUUCCUUUCCACCGCUAACUACGUGUUCACCGUGGUCUUCGCCAUCGAGAUGUUGAUCAAGGUGAUAGCUUCGGGAAUGUUUUAUGGUCCAGAUGCUUACUUCACUUCAGGGUGGAAUAUCAUGGAUGGCUCAUUAGUCAUAAUAUCCAUUAUUGAUUUAUUAAUGUCUCUAGUAUCAGAGUCUAGUCCACGCAUAUUUGGGAUUCUCAGGGUAUUUAGAUUAUUAAGGUCAUUGAGGCCAUUAAGAGUUAUAAAUAGAGCGCCUGGUUUGAAACUCGUAGUUCAAACAUUGCUUUCGUCUUUGAGACCAAUUGGAAAUAUUGUGCUCAUUUGCUGCACAUUUUUCAUCAUCUUCGGUAUAUUGGGAGUUCAGCUAUUUAAAGGGGCAUUUUUCUAUUGUGAAGGGGCGUACAUAAAGAAUGUUAAAAACAAGACGGAUUGCCUCGCGAUAGAGGGCAAUGUUUGGGUCAACAGGAAAUACAAUUUUGAUGAUUUAGGAAAAGCACUGAUGUCACUAUUUGUACUCAGCUCUAGAGAUGGAUGGGUCAACAUCAUGUAUACUGGCCUUGAUGCAGUUGGAGUCGACCAACAGCCAAUUGUUAACUACUCAGAAUGGCGUCUUCUCUACUUCAUUGCAUUUAUUUUGCUGGUGGGAUUUUUCGUCCUGAACAUGUUCGUCGGCGUAGUAGUAGAAAACUUUCACAGAUGUAGAGAAGAACAGGAGAAAGAAGAACGAGUUCGCAGAGCAGCCAAGAGAGCACUGCAAAUGGAAAAGAAAAGAAGAAAAAUGCACCAAAGGCCAUAUUAUGCAGAUUACUCACAAACACGAUUAUUCGUUCAUAAUGUAGUCACAUCCAAAUACUUUGAUUUGGCUAUUGCUGGAGUCAUUGGAUUAAAUGUCGUCACAAUGGCUAUAGAAUAUUACAGAAUGCCUCCAGCGCUACAAUACGCUUUAAAAAUAUUUAACUAUUUUUUCACAGCUGUCUUCAUUCUAGAAGCUAUAAUGAAACUAGUGGCUUUGGGAUUUAAAAUAUAUUUAAAAGACAAAUGGAAUCAACUUGACGUAAUCAUAGUUAUAUUGUCUAUCGUGGGGAUCGUUCUAGAAGAAUUGGAAACAAAUAUAAUUCCGAUAAACCCUACAAUCAUGAGAGUGAUGAGGGUUUUAAGAAUAGCAAGGGUUUUAAAGUUACUUAAAAUGGCCAAAGGCAUAAGGGCAUUACUGGAUACUGUAAUGCAAGCUUUACCACAAGUUGGAAAUUUGGGUUUAUUAUUUUUCCUUCUGUUCUUUAUAUUUGCGGCCCUCGGCGUGGAACUCUUCGGAAGACUAGAAUGUUCAGAUGAAAUUCCAUGUCAAGGACUUGGCGAGCAUGCUCAUUUUGCAAACUUUGGUAUGGCUUUUCUGACGUUAUUUCGCGUAGCAACCGGGGAUAACUGGAAUGGUAUUAUGAAAGACACUCUUCGCGAGGAUUGUGAUAGUUCUGUGGAUUGCGUCAGAAAUUGCUGCGUAUCAACUAUCAUAGCACCUAUAUUCUUUGUGGUAUUCGUACUGAUGGCACAAUUUGUACUUGUCAACGUCGUUGUUGCUGUACUUAUGAAACACCUAGAGGAAUCCCACAAACAAAUGGAAGAUGAAAACGAUAUGGACGUUGAACUUGAGCGUGAAUUAGAACGAGAAGCAGACGACGAGGAAGACAGGGCCCUAUGUCGCGCUCUAGAACAGUGUAUGAGCCCUCCACGGCCUCUUAACAAGGUAUCCUCUCUUCCGGCAAACUUUACUUACAGCGAGCCCAAGCAACCUGCACCGUCCCCUGCACGCCGACGGCGCACGCUGCACUCUCACACAGCUUUGUUGCCGCAGUCGCUACCACCGAGACGGGCUUCUUUAUCUCCUCACGCCUUUGGGCGGCGUCGACAGGACUCCAGUUCUGAUGCGCCCUCAGCACUCUACGAGGAAGAUGCGCGCUUCAUCGAUGCCGAUGAUAUUGACGAACUUGAGCCCGGAAGUCCCCCUCGACGAGAUAACUUCGCACAAAACAGACGUCAGAGAGUGGAUAAAAGAAAUUCCCUACGCGGUGAGGAAGCUCGCUUACUUCGACCUGUACUUCUUGCAGUACCUUCCUCCAGGCAGAGUUUAAGACUGACGGGAUCCAAAAGAAGAUCCUCUACAGAAACAGCUGCAACGAGCGACAUAAGUAAUGCGUCUCAUUCGCUUAAUCCUCUCAUAGCAGGAUCGUCAACCCAACCGAUCACCGAAGAGGAGAAAAUAAGAAUAGUAAUAGCAGAGAGGCGGAAAAUGGAUGCGACUAGACCGGAACCGGAUGACACUGUGGAACUUGCGGAGCGAGGUUCCUAG